AUGGACCAGGUGCAGAGAUGGCAUGAUCAGAUGAUCUAUUUCGUUCCAGCAAAGCAAGGCUCCUAUCCCCAUCCAGGGGCAGGGCCGGUGCACCCCAUGCACUCCGUGCCAGGGUCGUAUGUUUGGUGGCCACAGCAGCCUUUCGCUGAGCUCCCUGGCGUGCCGCCAGCCGUGCCAACCGUGCCAGCCGUGCCAGCCGCGCCAGCGGUGCCGCCUGCCGCACCUGAGCACGGCGAGCACGGCGAGCACGGCGAGCACGGUACCAAGGAGAUGGGCGGCUGCCUCCAGGGCGCCAGUUGUAGCACAUUAGCGACACCUCGCAGCACAGAGGCUCCCGAUGGAAGCGACAUCGUCGAGCGACGCCUGUCGGCCAGUGCAGCUCGACGUCUUCGGCGGAAGCGCGCUGCGGAGCGUUCCAGAGGUGCAGCUGGUGGAGUUGGCGCUGCCAAUGCCAACGGUGCCAACGCCAUGAGCAUCGAUGAACUUCGCGCUGAACUGCGCAGAGACCCAAACAGUGGCAUUCAGUGCCUCAAAGGACAGGUUUGGCGCCUGUCCCGUGACGCCAAUGGCUGCCGAGUAGUUCAAGAGGCACUUGAACUAGGCAGUCGUGAUGUCACAGACUUGGCCAAUGAGUUGCAAGGACAUGUGCUCGAAGCAGUGAUGUGUCCGUAUGCCAACUAUGUGGUGCAGAAGGUGGUGUCACACUUAUCCGUGGCCGCCAGUAGUUUCGUUGCCACAGAGCUCCAGGGCAACGCCGUGCGUGCAGCUAAGCAUCGUUUUGCCUGUCGCAUCUUUUGUCGACUCUUGGAAUUUUGUGGCAGAGGCCCUACCUCUCAGCUGGUUGAUGAGUUGCUGGCUCGUGAUGAUGGCGAACAUGAGAAUCUGUGCAGCCAUAGCUUCGCACACCAUGUGAUUCAAUCCAUUUUGGAGCAUGGUGAGGAGCGGCACAAAAAGCUCAUUGCGAAGAUGCUGCUUUCCGAUUUGUGGAGAUAUGCCACGCACAAGAACUCCAGCUACCUCAUCGAAAAGGCCCUCUGCUAUUGCAGCACAGAAGAUCAGAAUCUUAUGAUUGCCAAGCUGGGACAUCCACAGGCCAUGCUGGACUUAGCCAUGGCACAGUAUGGGAGCUUCGUGGCCCGGGCGUUGCUGUCGGACAGCCGCGUGAAUUCGGCCGCGGCUUUGCAGCACAUCGCAGACCACAAAGCGGACGUGGAGUCCACCAAGCAUGGGCAUCGUUUCCUGUCGGAUGUGGGUCUUGAGCAGCCCAAUCCAUUCCAAGCCCAAGCACAACCUGUUUCUUAUCAGUCUUAUCAACUCCAAGUACCAUUCCCGCAGCCGGAGGUUCCCUGUGGCUACUGUCCUGCGCCCAAUGCGCCGUUUCCAAGCGCAUUUGGGGCUCAGUAUGCCCAGUAUGCGAGACAUAUUCCACCGGGAAUUGAAGAGCCAGCGCAGCGAGAGAUGAGCUCCACAUGGCAAGAUCGCAUCGAUGAUGACUGGCCCUCGACUUCAGAAGGGGACGAGUUUCCUGUCCGUGGCAAGCGAAAGCGGCGAAAGCGCAAACGCAAACGCAACAAGCCAAGACCAUUAAGAAAGAAGCCUUUGCCUCCAGCAGAGGCCACGCUCGAGGAACAGCCGCUGUUUUUCGGUGGUGUUUUCGGCCCGCUCAGCAUAGUAUCUUGUCCCCAGUGGCUUUGCGUCUUACAAGAUGUGCAUCGUAGGAGUUUCGUGUCCAUCCGCAAACAGGCAUUCACAGCGGACACGCUAGCGCAGUGGAGGAAGACCUUGAUGAGAGAAGUGCGGUGGCACAAGCCCGAACGGCCUCCCAAAGAAGGCAAAAGCCAGGAGCCGUUGGACGUUUUGCUGCCCCGUUCAGCGGCUUGGCUGACCCUACAGGGCUGCCGCUGCGAAUACGAGUACGCGGGGUUGCGCUUUCCACCAGUGGCAAUGCCUGAGUGGUUCCUAGAGAUCACGGAUCAGGUAACUCGCGCUUGUGGACUGGAGGACCGCCCGAACUCAUGCAAUCUGAAUCUGUACCAGAAUGGUGCCGACAAUGUCAGCUGGCACUGCGAUGACGAACCGCUCUUCGACGCGACAGGUCGCGAUGCACUGAUUGUGUCAUUGUCGCUAGGUGCAACCAGGUCUUUCCAACUUCGGCCCAAAGAUGACCCUUUUGAAGAGACACUGCUGUAUUUAGAGGAUGGAGAUCUUUGCACCAUGGAAGGCCUCUGUCAAAAGCAUUACAGGCACCGUGUCCCUCCAGAGGAGGAUGUAACCGAGCCUCGCAUUAAUCUGACCUGGCGAUGGAUUGUACAGCAUGACCCAGGAUGCAGUCUUUCCAAUCAGUGA